CUAAAUGAUCCCAAACCGCCUCUGUGGUUUAUGGCCCUUCCUUGUUUCAGCAGCUGGGAGGAGUUGGCUAAAUAGAUCGUUUUUCUUUUUUUUCGGUAUUGAUUCAGCUUCUGAAGAACAAACACGUCCUCUGGAACUACUGUGCUUCUGAUUAAUUCCCCUUUUGCUAAAACAGCCUCUAAACUUCCUGAUUAUUUGGAGCAUUCUGGGCAGAAUCACGUGGAGUCUCGGUUUCAUUCAUUGCUUUACAUUUCAAAGGCCCUCCAUAGAAGUGUUUUUUUAUUCUUAUGAGUUUGCUCCUCGAUGGAUUUUUGUCACAACAUGAAAGACGACCAAGACGCAAAGGAGAACGAUUCAAGUUUGGUUAAAGACGUGAAGAUCCAGGCGGACGAUCCAAGCAGAGAGCGCGCGCUCCAGACGCACCUCUACAAGAGGCGCUGGCUGAUGGCGCUCCUCUUCAGCACCUACUCCCUGAGCAACGCUUACCAAUGGAUCCAGUACGGGAUCAUCAGCAACAUCAUCAUGAAGUUCUAUAACGUGGAUGGCUUCUCUGUAGACUGGCUUUCCAUGAUCUACAUGCUGGCUUACAUCCCCUUCAUAUUCCCCGCCACCUGGCUGCUGGAGAAGCAGGGGCUGCGCUUCACUGCGCUGGUGGCGACUGCGCUCAACUGCGCAGGGACUUGGAUAAAGGUGAGCAGCGCCAGACCUGACCUGUUCUGGGUGACCCUGCUCGGACAGUCCGCCAGUUCCCUAGCUCAGGUCUUUAUCCUCGGAAUCCCUUCAAGUUUGGCUUCGGUGUGGUUCGGUUCGGAUGAGGUUUCCACCGCCUGCUCCAUUGGAGUGUUUGGGAAUCAGUUGGGUAUUGCCAUUGGAUUCCUGCUCCCACCCAUUCUUGUGCCUAAUGUGGACGAUGUUGACGAGCUGGCGUAUCACAUCAGAUUCAUGUUCUACAUCAGCGCGGGCGUGGCCACCUUCAUCUUUGUACUCGUGGUCAUUGUGUUUCAGGAAAGACCAGAGAUCCCACCAACCCAGUCCCAGGCUCAAGCAAGGAUCUCCCGCUCCAAUGACUAUUCCUACAUGGACUCCAUCUGUAGGCUGCUGCACAACAAGGCUUUCAUGCUGCUUGUUAGCAGCUAUGGGUUGAACGUUGGAUGCUUCUAUGCCAUUUCCACACUUUUGAACAGAAUGAUAAUAGAACACUACCCUGGUGAAGAGGUGAAUGCUGGGAGGAUUGGUUUGACCAUUGUCAUUGCUGGAAUGGCAGGAUCCCUCGUAUGCGGGAUUUGGCUCGACAAGACCAAAACCUACAAGCAAACCACCCUGGUGGUGUAUAUCCUCUCCAUGGUUGGGAUGCUGGUUUACACCUUCACCCUGAACCUGGGGCACCUGUGGGUGGUUUUUAUCACAGCUGGAGUCCUAGGCUUCUUCAUGACAGGAUAUCUGCCUCUUGGCUUUGAGUUUGCAGUGGAGCUCACUUUCCCUGAACCUGAAGGAACCUCAUCUGGUUUGCUCAACUGUUCAGCUCAGAUCUUUGGAAUCAUUUUCACCAUUGGACAAGGAAAGCUCAUGGACAGAUGGGGAACUUUAGUGGGAAAUCUUUUCCUGUGUACUUUUCUGCUAAUGGGAACAAUAAUGACGGGAUUCAUCAAAUCUGACCUCCGGCGGCAGAAAGCCAACCAACAGGCAGAGGUGCAGACACCUGCAGAGUUUAUGACAUCAGUACAGGACUACGGUGCCACAGCGUGCAGAGGCAGCCAUGACAUUACCUCACAACUUCAUAAAAACCUAAACACAUCUGACAAGAAGAUAAGUGACCCUCAAGAAGAUGUCCUGAAGGAGAGGAAGCUGUAAGGAGGGAAGAUGUCUCGCUAGCAGACCAUCAGGAGAUAAAAUGGUGUUAAACGGACACAUGUGCAAACAGGAAAGGAAAACUGAUGUGUGACUAGUGAGUACAAGCUGGCGGUCACCAUGAAAGCUAAAACUGUUGCACCUUUUGAACCGUACUGACAACCUACAGAAAAUGGUAUGAUCUUUUGAAAUGCACUUUAAAAAAUGUGGCGUUUACAGUUAAGACUUGGGUCUCAAUUUUUUGCACCCCUUUCUAUAUUUCUGACUCCAGUCUGUUUUGAUCUUUAACAUUGUUUGUUUUAUGCAUUUAAUGUUAAUAUGAAUUUAUAGUAUUCAAUUAUUUUUCUGACGCUAGACUUUUACUGUGGGCAACUGAAGUCUUAACACUGGUGAAGGUACUUGUUUAGAAGUUGUUUUGUAAGACGGAUCAUUAAUGCAGAUCAUGACUGAGAAGUGUGUCCUUCAUACUGUCAUUAUGUCACUGUUUCCCAUUAAAGCAUCCCCUGAAUUGUAUUCCAGAGAAACACUGAUGCUGUGCAUCAGAAGACACCAUUAGGACAAUUUUGUCCUUUUCUUAAAAAAAGACAAUAGUUGAGGUUUAAAUAUCUGCUUCAACAUUUAAGAAUAUCUUGAAGAUGAAUGUUGCACAAAAUAUAAAGAU